AUGUCAGAUAUUAUUACAAUUCGUGCUGAUUUUGUUAUGCUUGGUGGUAUGCUGGCGGGUCAUGAUGAAAGUGGUACAGGUGAUAUAAUUGAACGUGAUGGACGCAAAUAUAAACUUUUUUAUGGCAUGUCAUCAAAAACAGCUAUGGAUAAACAUUCCGGUGGCGUAGCAGAAUAUCGAGCAUCAGAAGGUAAAACAGUUGAAGUACCUUAUCGAGGAAGUGUUUUUGGCACUGCACAAGAUGUAUUAGGUGGAGUACGCAGCUGUUGUACUUAUGUAGGCGCUAGUAAAUUAAAAGAACUUAGUCGUCGUACAACAUUUAUUCGUGUCUCACAACAAUUAAAUGAAAUUUUUACACCAAAUACAGUACAAAUUUAA